AUUGAAAUCAGCUGGAGACGCCAUUAACACCAUUAUAAGUACAUCGAUGAUAAUUUGUCUUGAACCAAUUCUUCAUUCAAAUUCUUACUAUAAAAAAAAAUGAAUUGUAACACAAACCCAAAUGACGUAAUUUUAAACUAUCAUAAUAUCUGCAUACGGAGUCGUGAUAUUUCCCUCCUGACAGGCCCUGGAGAUCUUUGGAUCAAUGACGUGCUUCUUGGAUUCUUUUUCACUUAUCUUGAACAUAAUCCUACCUCAUACCUUCCUUCCUACCUAACAAAUUCCCCACACUGCGAUAAAAUCGCAUUUAUUGAUCCAUGCACAGCCAAAGCUCUUGAAAUUUUGCCCGAUAUAUCGCCUUUAGUUGAACAUCUAGACUUCAAUUCCAAAAUCCUCUUAUUAUUUCCCAUAAAUAGUGGUAACGGAAGUGGCAACGGGGAGCACUGGAGCUUAGCGGCCAUUUAUCGAAGACCCAAUAGCGAUAAAUCUUUCCAGGUUUAUCACUACGAUUCCGCAAGCAAUAGUGGCGGGUUAUCUACUAAUAGUUAUAAUGUAAAAUCAUUAGCUCUCAAUUUAUCCCCUGUAUUAUAUUUAAAUAGUGACAAUCAUAAAAAUAAUUUUGACGUUAUCAACGUUAAGGGCUGUCCAUUUCAGGCAAAUGGUAAUGAUUGUGGCAUAUAUUGUUAUACCUUUGCGAAACGUAUCGCCCAAAAUUUUGUUCGGCAUUUCAAUGAAAAAUCGGAAAAUAUUGUUUUGAAUGAUAUCGAUGAAGGCGUAUUUGUGCCAGGUAGCAAAAUGGACCUCGAGCUUCCAAUAACUCCCCAAUUUAUAAAAGGGGAAAGAAAACGACUUUUUGAUCUUGUGCUGGAGUUGGCGAAAACUACGCCGAAGCCCUGGCAAAAUGGCCCAUAAGCCCGUUAACGGAGGGUCUGGAGGGCGAAGCAACCAGACGUUUAGAGAUAUGGACCUCUUAAAACUCGUAUAGGUGCAAAUAUCCUCAGAUAUAUCUAACUAAUGGUGGGAGAUAUGAAUCAUAAUAGACGCUCACGGUAGAGAUCUGCUGGGUUUAUUUUUUUUUAAAGUAGUCGGGUUCGGGAUGGGUCUGGCCUAAUAUUUUUUUUAAAAAAUCGGGCCGGGUCAGGUGGGGUUUUGGAUUUUUUUUUAAAUAUAUCUAAAUUUAUCAAUUUUAUGUUGAAUUUUUAAUGUAAAAUAUAAAUAUUUGAUUUUAUUUAUAGAAACUAGACGCCAUAUAACAUAUCUUUUAUUUUGAGUAAUUAUAUAAAUUAAUAUCUAAAAUUUUAAUGAAUUCGGGCCGGGCAGGUAAAUUUUUUCAAAAAAAUUUCGGGUUCGGGCCGGCAAAACUUUUUAAAAAAUAUUUCGGGUUCGGGUCGAGCCGGCAAAAUUUUUUGGCCGGGCUUGAAAAAUUAGGCCCAAUGCAGAUCACUAGUUCACGGGUCUGUUGUGUACUAAGCCAAAACUACAUCUAGAACCAACGAUAUCAUCGUUGGAAUAUCCAAUCCCGACGUGAUAUGGAAAGUUAGAGGGAAGGAGAAGCAUUUGAAAACUAGGUGUAACUGAACCCCGUUGUCAUUAUGACCAAGGACGAUCUCUUUAGAACGGAUGGCAACCCGGCCACCAGAUAUCAAUCACUCCGAAUCUAGAUAUCAAUCACUCCGAAUUCAGACGACUCUCCUAUCUACCCCCGACUCAACCAAGGAUCAAAACUAGGGCGGUGCCGAUCCAUAUAUUUUUCACCGAUCCGAUAUUUUCCGAUAUUGGUUCAAAGCUAUCCGAUACCGAUCCAAUAUUUAUAUUGAUUUUUCACUACCCCUCUUUGAACCAAAUGUA